GUCGACUGUAUAUCUGCAAAUAACAGGCAUCUCAAAGGGAAUCUGCGUGUUGACGCAGCCAUGUCUUUUGCAAAAGGCCCUGUAAUUUUCACUGCAGUCUUUUGCAUUGUAUCAGGUGUUCUUGGUCAGGACUGGAUGGUGACCUAUUCCUCUACGGAUGUCUGUGGUGUGAAGGGGUCAUUUGUAGACAUUUUCUGCACUUACUCAUAUCCAAGCCAUCUUGAAAUCAGAGAAACAUUCUGGUACAUCAAACGGGUUACUGGUGGUAAAGCAGACGACUUGAGUCUGGAUUCCAAAUAUCAGGGCCGUGUGGAAUAUCUCGGUGACAAUGUGGACAACUGUACCCUACGAAUCAAGGAUCUGAAAGAGAGUGACACUGCAGAAAAAUACAGAUUCAGUUUCAAAACUAAUGACCCAGGGGGGAAAUUCUCUGGAUCUGAGGUCACUCUGUCUCUGACAAAUCUUCCGGUAACAGUGAGUCCAGAAACAGUGUCAGAGGGCGAUCAAGUGUCACUGACCUGUAACACCACCUGCAGUCUGAGUAACAACAGUCCUGUCUUGCACAGAAUAAAACUGUAUCCUGCUUUGGGGGCCAUCUUGGCUGCAGCCCUCCUACUGGUGGUCAUUGCCUGCUGGAGGCGAGAGACAGAGCAAUACGCUGUCCAGUCUAGUCCUGAUGAUGACACAUACACAGGUCUCAACCUCACCACCAGAUCACCUGAAUAUGACACUCUGGCUAAUGUGAAGAUCUCUGCUGACGGCGUCACAUCCUCCACCACACAGGGGUCAUAUUUGGACAUUUUCUGCACUUACUCAUAUCCAAGCCAUCUUGAAAUCAGAGAAACAUACUGGUACAUCAAACGGGUCACUCAUCAUAAUACAGACAACUUGAGUCUGGAUUCCAAAUAUCGGGGGCGUGUGGAAUAUCUUGGUGACAAAGUGGACAACUGUACCCUACGAGUCAAGGAUCUGAAAGAGAGUGACACUGCAGAAACAUACAGAUUCAGGUUCCUAACUAAUGACCCAAAGGGGAAAUUCUCAGGCUCUGAGGUCUCCCUGUCUCUGACAAAUCUUGAGGUAACAGUGAGUCCACAAACAGUGUCAGAGGGCGAUCAAGUGUCACUGACCUGUAUCACCACCUGCAGUCUGAGUAACAACCCCACCUACAUCUGGUACAGGAACUCACAGCCUCUGACUAACCCACACCCAACCAGCAGCAACACCCUGUCCAUAACCUCAGUUAGCAAUACAAAUGCUGGUUAUUACUCCUGUGCUGUAAGAGGACAUGAGUGGCACCCGUCACCGUCUGUGUGUGUUCUGAGUUGCUGGAGUGUGACGUACACCCCAAAGAGCAUCUGUGCCUUGAAGGGCUCCUCGGUGGAAUUCCACAGCUAUUACACGUACCCUGAAGAUAACACCAUCACAAAAGCAUUAUGGUUUAUCGGGGAAACAUGGACACCUGGUCAAGAACCUAUGGAUUUGAUACAGGAAGAACAUUAUCAUGGCCGAGUGAAUUAUUAUGAAAAGAAGAAAAAUAACCACACUCUGAGGAUAACAGACCUGAUCCCUCAAGACUCAAACAGUUUUCGCUUUAGGCUUAGAACUGAUCGAGAAGGAGGGAAUUAUUCUGGUGGAAAUGUUGAACUCUCAGUUACAGCACUGCAGAUACUGAUGGAUCCUGAAAUUGUCACAGAGGGAGACAGAGUGACAUUAACCUGUAACACCACCUGCAGUCUGAGUAACAACCCCACCUACAUCUGGUACAAGAACCUACAUGCUAUUAGUAGUCCACACACAGCCGGCAACACACUGAACAUACCAUCAGUCGGCAUUGAAGAUACAGGCAGUUACUCCUGUGCUCUUACGGGACAUGAGGUUCAAAGAUCAUCGGAAAGGAUUCUCAGUGUCAGAUAUGGCCCGAGAAACACUUCAGCAUCAGUCCAUCCUUCUGCUGAACCAGUGGAGGGGAAUUCAGUGACUCUGACCUGCAGCAGUGAUGCCAACCCACCAGCACAGACCUACACCUGGUAUAAGGAGAGUAGAGAUCAAUCUUCACCAGUUGGAUCGAGUCAGAAUAUCAGCUUUGCAAGCAUUAGCUCUGAGCAGAGUGGACUCUAUUACUGUGAGGCUGGGAAUGAGAUUGGACAGAACAGAUCUCCAGUCGUACAGAUCAGUGUAGCAUGUAAGUUUUGA